CUGUCUACAGAUGGUUCUUGUUUUACCUUCUAUUUUGUAUUUGUUUUUAUUUUAUUUUCCCCAUUCUUGCAAUAUUAUAUCAAUAUUUUAUGGUGCGUAGUUUGAAUAUGUUUGGAAUUCCAGAAGAAAUUUUACCGGAAUGUUUGAAAGAUGAACAAAGGAUUAACGUUUUAUUCGCACCGUUGAGAAACAGAAGUGUAAAUCCCAAGGACUGGGACAGCAAAAUCUCCUCCUGGAAAACUAUCAUUAGAAGUUAUUGUCAGGCAAACGAUAUUUACACUUUCACGUUGAGUUCACUCAACAAUGUUUUCAUCAGAAACGGACGACCGCCUAGUUGUUUACAAGAGGUUUUGUGUGAUAUGCAUAAAAAUGGAGAAAUACAGCCUCUGGAUGAGUUUUCCAGGAAAAUGGCCCCAACUUGGACUGGUUGGGCAACGGACGUUUUGAUUAAGAAACCUGUAGUAUGGUCGUUUAAUAAAAUAAAAAAUUCAGUGUUCACUUUGGAUACUAGUCAGCAAUCUUUUGUGCAUUUAGAAGUUAUUAAAAGCAAAUGUAAUGAUCUAUUGAAGUCUUUACCAGACAGUCGUAAAAACAAGUUAAUUAGUUUGAAAGACCUGCUGACUACCGUAGAAAAAAGUUACAACCAGGCCGAUAACGUGAAGCUUUUACUGCAUCAUUUAGCUAAUCAACGUAUAAUUGAGGUUACGAAGUUGGAUAGCAACAAGCAAAGUGAUGAUCUUGAUACGUUCUUGAUAAAAUUUGGUGACGGAAAUGGCAAAGUGUGUCCAAUAACUGAAACGGACACAGGUAUCUAUACCCUGGAGCAGAACGAAAAAGUAAUUUCGAGAAGUCUGGAAGAGCUGGAGGACAAUAUAGAAGCUUGCGUCCAGGAAGCCAAAAUGCAUCUUGCGAAGAAUCACAGACAAAUGGCCAAGAGCUCUCUGAGAAAGAAACACGAUUUAGAAAAGCGGCUGGAAAAGAAAAUCAACGCCUUACAAAACGUUCAAAACUUGCUCGAAAAAGUUCAGGAAACCCACAAAGAUGCCCACGUUUGGGAGGCUUAUAAGGGAGCUCUCUCUGCUUUUGAUGAAUCCUUCAAGAACACAGGUUUGUCUGAAGACGCCAUAGAUGACACGAUGAUCAAGCUCGGAGAGAUGUUGGACAAGCACGACGAUAUCCAGAUGGCUUUAGCAAGGCCAGCUCAGGAAUCGAACGAUGCUGAUCUGGAAGAGGAAUUGGCAGAGCUAAUGAGAGAAGAACCACAUGAUGAACCUCAUGAUGGUGGAGGUUUGAAUGAUAGUAUGAUGGAGAAGCAGUUUGAGGACUUGACGAUUAAUCUACCAGACGUUCCUGAUGAAAACUCUGAAGCACCCCAGGUUGAAGGAAAAGUGGCAACAAUCAAAUACUGAAUUUUCGGUGGUUGGUCUAGACAUGAAGAGAGAUUAUUUUAAGAGUUCAGCAGCUUCUAAUGUUCACUAUUGUGAUGUCGAUUUCAAUAAUUUCAUAAUUUAUUUGUUGUGUAUUAAAAGAUUUUUACUUUCA